ACAUACAUUUUCAUUGGAAAGCGGAGCACCAAAUUAACGGAAAAAGAUUCCCAGUAGAAAUUCAUUUAGUAUUUAUGCACACCGAUUGUAAAAGUAUCCAGGACGCUAUAAAUUCCCAAUGGGUAACUGUACUGGGAAUAUUGGUAGAAGAAAUCUCAAAAUCAGAAAACAAAUCCAUGGAAGCGGUAACAAAUCAGAUAAGUGAGAUUGAGAACGCAGACAAAAAUAAGGCAGUGCAACUAAAGCAAGAUAUUUUAGUCAAAGAUUUCCUACCUAAAAAUAUAACAUCAUUCUAUAGAUACUUUGGAUCGCUAACAACUCCAGCGUAUAACGAGGGAGUUUUAUGGACUGUAUUUAAAGAACCUCUACGUCUGUCUAAACAAUAUAUUGAAAAUAUUAAAUGCAUUCGAGGACCCGAUGGAAAUAUUUUGGAAAACACAUUUAGGCCAAUUCAGCCUCUAAAUGAUAGAAUUAUUUAUGCAACAUCAAGAACAAAUUAAAAAACAAAAUAAUAAAAUUGUAAUAUAUUUAAAUUACAA